UAAAAAAAUCCGACACAACUUCGAGACGAGACGCACCGUCUCAAGUCUCAACUCUCAACUCUCAACCAGAUUCCUAAACUCUCUUCUUCUUAGUUGUACUAUCCCCCAAAUCUCCUCUGGAGUCUGGUGCCCUCACCGCUGUCCUUCCUGUCCUUAUUUGCUCUGAGCUGCAUUCGCAGACGGUGAAGUGUAAUAAGCUGCAUUUCACAUUUUCAGCAUUGGUUUCCGUUCCUUCUUCUGAGUCCCUCAGACGGUUGAAUGCACUAAGCCGUUAUAAUUAAAGAGAAAAAAAAACUAAUAAUGCAAGCCCUACAUGCUCCCAAUCGACUUUCUCCUGCCAAUUACCGGUUUUCUCCGGUGAACCGCCGCUUGUGUCCGGUUGUUUCCUUCGAAUUCUCCCCUAGUCACAGCUUUAGCUCACGUCUCUCUCUUCGUCGCUCCCUUCCUUCACUCCAAUGUUGCUCUCUCCAGUCUUCAUCUCCAGUGACGGAUAAAAAAAGAUUUAUGGAAGCUUCCAGACAUGGAAAUGUCAUUCCGCUCUACCAAUGUAUUUUCUCGGAUCAUCUGACUCCCGUGCUUGCAUACCGCUGCUUAGUUAAAGAAGACGACCGGGAGGCUCCUAGCUUUCUUUUCGAGUCCGUAGAACCUGGUUUCCGAACUUCCCAUGUUGGUCGGUACAGCGUGGUCGGUGCUCAGCCAGCGGUGGAAAUCGUGGCAAAAGAAAAUGAUGUCACCAUCUUGGAUCACUACAGAGGGAAGUUGAAGGAGAUUGUUGUGGAGGACCCGAUGACGAUUCCUAGAGAAAUUUCUGAAAGUUGGAAGCCUCAGUUGAUUAGUGAACUUCCUGAUACAUUUUGUGGUGGAUGGGUUGGUUAUUUUUCUUAUGACACUGUUAGGUACCUUGAGAAGAAGAAGCUGCCAUUCUCUCAGGCGCCACGCGAUGAUAGGAGCCUUGCUGACAUUCAUCUGGGGCUGUAUGAUGAUGUGAUAGUAUUUGAUCAUGUAGAGAAGAAAGCAUAUGUUAUCCACUGGGUGCAGUUAGAUCAGUAUCCAUCAAAAGAGAAGGCUUACACUAGUGGUAUGAAACGCUUGGAAAGACUAAUGUCAAAAGUACAAAAUAUUGAUCCUCCAAGGCUAUCAGCAGGAUCUGUUGAAUUGUGGACUAACAAUUUUGGACUCUCUCUGAACAAGAGUAACAUGACAAGAGAAGAGUACAAGAAGGCUGUCAUACAGGCAAAGGAGCAUAUCCUUGCUGGAGAUAUUUUUCAGAUUGUUUUAAGUCAGCGCUUUGAGAAGAGAACAUUUGCUGAUCCAUUUGAAGUCUACAGAGCACUGAGAGUAAUAAAUCCAAGUCCCUACAUGGCUUACUUGCAGGCUAGAGGAAGUAUUCAUGUUGCUUCAAGCCCAGAAAUUCUUACUCGUGUCAAGAAGAAAAGGGUUGUUAAUCGACCAUUGGCUGGAACUACAAGAAGAGGGAAGACACCUCAUGAAGAUGAGAUGCAGGAGCUGCAGCUUUUAAAAGAUAAAAAGCAAUGUGCAGAACAUAUAAUGCUGGUCGAUUUGGGCCGUAAUGAUGUGGGAAAGGUCUCGAAGCCAGGUUCUGUAAAUGUUGAAAAACUUAUGACUGUUGAGCGGUACUCCCAUGUGAUGCACAUAAGCUCCACGGUCACAGGGGAGUUGCUUGAUCAUCUUACUUGCUGGGAUGCACUGCGUGCUGCACUUCCUGUUGGUACAGUUAGUGGAGCACCAAAAGUGAAGGCCAUGGAACUGAUUGAUCAAUUAGAAGUGGCGAGGCGGGGGCCUUACAGUGGUGGAUUUGGCGGUAUCUCAUUUUCUGGCGAUAUGGACAUUGCUUUGGCUCUCAGGACAAUUGUAUUCCCAACUGGAGUCCACUAUGACACAAUGUAUUCAUACCAAGGUUCCAACAAACGUCAGGAAUGGGUUGCUCACCUCCAAGCUGGAGCUGGAAUUGUAGCUGAUAGUACUCCUGAGGAUGAGCAGAUGGAGUGUGAAAACAAAGUUGCCGGUCUUGCUCGCGCCAUUGAGUUGGCAGAGUCUGCAUUUGUGAAUAGAGAACAAGAGAUCAAACCCAAUCAGAGUUCAUUUCCCACCCCUGUACUGAGAAAAAGGUCGAUAUUGCAGGUGGAAAGUUGAAUUACUUGGGACUGUAGAGUUACUGAAGGAAUAUGGUGGUGUCUGUAUUAUAAAAUCCCCCGUGGGGCUGAAAAGAAAUCAUUUUCUGUGAGUCAUGGGUUCCAUCAUUGUUGUAUAUUGCAAUUUACUGAAAAACUUGUAGAACUGGAAUUAGGCACCUGUAUUCUCCGAAGCCUCUGAUGGAGCAUUAUAAUUUGUAGUCUCUUUUAAGUAAAGCCCAACUUCCUUCCUUGUUAGGACUUGGAA